GUUUCCGACAAGGAAAGUUACUCGAGAUCCGUUCGGAAUUCCUUUCGGAGCGGCGGCUUUGAUCUGGGUUUCGGUCGUUCGCACGCGCAGUGAUUUGAAUUAAAUUGAGGGUAAUUGCAAUGUCGCAGAGCCGCGCGCGCUCCCCGUCCUCGGAGCCCGACGCCACCUCCGAUCCCGGGUGCGAGCCCAGCGGAGCCGAGCCCUGCGCGCUCUGUCCAGUGUGCGCGCAGCGCUUCCGCGACCCCCGCAUCUUACCCUGUCUGCACAGCGUGUGCGCGGACUGCGCGCGGCGUCUCGAGCCUUUCCGCGACCCCGCUCCGGCUCCGGGUCCGAACGCGGGCUCCGUCUCCGUCCUGUGUCCGCAGUGCGAUGCCCAGGUGGAGCUGCCCCCCGGGGGGGUCGAGGAGCUGCCGCCCGACCACCUGGCGCUCGACCGCGUCUUCCUGGAGAGCCUCAGCCUGGGGUGGGAGGACGGUCCAGGGUCCGAGCCGGGGGCGGGGCUGCGCCUGGCCUGCGACCUGUGCGGGGAGGGCGGCGCGCAGUACCGCUGCCAGGUGUGCAGCACGAACCUGUGCACCUUCUGCAGCCAGGCGCACAGGAGGCAGAAGCGGACGUCGGCUCACAGCGUGGAGCUGCUGCUGGACCUGAGGGCCCAAGGGCGGCUCUCGCGCCCGACUCUCUGCCCCCUGCACCCCGGGCUGCGCCUGCAGCUCUACUGCGAGCCGUGCGACGCGGCCAUGUGCGGUGAGUGCUCCUCGACCGCCCACAGGGGGCACCGGUGCAUCCCCGCCCACGAUGCUGCUGACCGCCACGCCCAGCACAUCCGCCGGCUGCUCGAGGACAUACGGCCCCGCCUGGCCCACCUGGAGGGGGCGCUGCGGCUGGUGGAGAGCUCCCAGAAUGCGCUGCGGGCACGGGCCGACGAGGUGGCGCAGGAGGUGCGGGCGUUUGCGCGGGACUACGCCGUCGCCGUGGAGCAGCACUGCGGCGCCCUCCUGCAGCGCCUAGAAGACGUGUGUCUGCACCGCCGCAACCUGCUCCACCUGCAGAGGGCGCAGCUGAGGCAGACGCUGGCCGACGUGCGGGGGGGCGCGGACUUUGCCGAGCGCCUGCUGACCGCUGGGUCCGAGGUGGCCGUGCUCAGCGCCAAGGCGGUCGCGGUACGGCGGCUGGAGGGGUUGGUGGACGGCAGCCCCAGGUUCGACCCCCCGCCUGUGGCGGCGGACAGCAGCACCAUCUACUUCCUCCCCCAGGAAAGUGCAGGACAGGUGGGGGGCUUCCCCAUGGUGGGGGUCAUCCAGGCCAAGGUUGUGGAUCCCAGCAAGUGCGUCCUUCAAGGAGAAGGUGCGCAGCGGGGCCGGGAGGGGCAGCAGGGACAUUUCACGCUGCUCUGCAGGGACACGACUGGGGAGCCCAUGGGCAGGGGGGGGGACGCCGUACUCGUCAGCAUCGUCCACAGGGACCGCAGGGACUGCACAGCGGAGGCCACGGUGGUGGAUAACGGCGACGGCUCCUACAGGGUGUCCUACACACCCUCGGAGCCUGGAUUGUAUUCAGUGUGGGUGUGUGUGAGGGCCCAGCACAUCAAGGGCUCACCCUUCGUCCUCGCGGUCAAUAGGAAGUUCCAGAAGCACCAUGGUGUGUUCCACUGCUGCUCCUUCUGCUCCAGCGGGGGUGCCAAGGAGGCCCGCUGUGCCUGCGGGGGGUCGAUGCCAGGUGGGUACCAGGGGUGUGGUCACAGUCACCCAGGGCACCCAGGAAGGGCCCAUUGGUCGUGCUGCGGCAGCACAGUAGAGAUCUCCGAGUGCGUGAGUGGGGUGGGGUCCGCAUGUGGCAUCAUCAGGACCGUGGCCCUUUGAGAGUCAUCGCCACCAAGACCCCACCCACAUGGAGUGACAUCACCACUAAAACUCCACCCCCAGCAGGUGUCAUUGCUGCAGAGACUCCGCCCCGUCUAAGACGGUCCCUGCAGCGUGUCGGACCCCUGGAGGCUGAGGACAGGACCACUUCCGAUUCGGACCAGACACGGUGGCUCCUCCCACCUCCCUGUCGCUGUGUUCCUCACUGUGGUGCCUUAAUAUUUUACACUAUUUUUCAGGGGAACCUUCUGGAAACAAACUCAUCAUUUAUAUACACACAUAGAUGGGUAAAUAAUAGGGUUUUUGUACAAAGCAUGUGCUGCAGCGCAGUGACGCUGUACCACGGUCCCGUUGGGCCAAUUACCAUGAUGGGUAAGGGUAAAAAUGGACUACAGUCUCCGAUAAAAGCAAUUAAAACACCCAAUAAGAGUAAUUUCCACGUGGGACAACAUAUUUUGUUUGACUGAAACUGUUUCUAUCUUCCCUUGAAGAGAGACUAGAGCCUCUGUGUUCACAGCAGGAUGUUUGUUCUAGAUGCUCCCGAGUGAUGAACCCACUGUACCCCAGUACUGUACUGCACUGCCCUGCGCUCCAGUAAAACACUUAUCAUGUCACAUGACUGAUGCAAGAUCAAAUACAAAAGGAUACAUUUGUACUUUGAAGUGUGACGAACAUUAAUCGGUCUUUGAUUUUCACUGCCCUUCAAAGGACUAAAGGAAGGAGUGAUUAAUUGCGGUAAUUAACUCUGUUACUGAGUAACUGACAAGUGAAAAAUGUUGAGAAAACGGGUUCCAGUAACAUGUUGGAUUAACUGUAACUCGGAUUUAGUUCAAAAAUAAUUUUCCUCCUGCUGUCAGUCCUGUGUGUUCACUUC